AUAAAUUAUAAUUUAUGAAAAAAAAAAUUAAAAUGAGAACAGCAUAUUGAAAUUUCCAAAUAAAGAAUACAAGAACAACAAAACAACACGAAAGGUGUAUUAGCUAAAACACUUCUUUCAAUUAUUUGUUCAACGGACAACAACAAUUUGUAAAUUUGACUUGACAAAUUUUUAAAAGCAUUUUUGAAAUGAAAAGAGACAAGAUUAGGUGUGGAAAAAUCUUAUGAUCUUAUCGUGAAUUCUUGGCCUACAAUGCUACAACCACCAAAUUAUUAAAAAACAAAAAAAAAAAAAAAACAAAAACAAUUGAAGAACUAAAACCACCAACCACCAAAUUAUUAAAAAAAAAAAAACAAGAGAAGAACUAAACCACCAACCAGCGAAUAAUCAUCCUAAAAAUUGAAAGUUUGCUACUUAAGGUGUAGAAACAUAGAGAUUGAAGGCCAUUCACACUCAACCUUAAUACAUUGAAAAAAGAGUUAAAAAAUGGAGAUUGCAGGUGUAUUUAUAUCACCGUUACUUCAAGUAGUAUUUGAGAAGUUGGUAUCCGCAGGGAUACGCCGAUUCCUACAUCGAGAAGAAGGAAUACAACCCCAAGUUAUUGACGGAUUGCAGAGCAAACUGAGAUAUAUCAACGCAGUGCUAAGUGAUGCUGAGCAAAAGCAGUUUCGCAGCGAAACUGUCAAACUGUGGCUUCAAGAUCUCCAAUACUUGGCUUACGAUUUAGAGGACAUCUUUGACGGAUUUACCACUGAUGCUCGACUCCAGGAGCUCAAUGAUGGCUGCAGCUCUUUUUGUUUUCCAUCUAGGGUGUGUUCUUGCUUUAAGUUCAGGGUACAAAGUUCUCUCUCUUCUGCUUCUGGAGCUCCAAAUACGAAGAGUGCAAAUUAUUCCGCUAGCAUUGAACAAAUGAGCAAGCGCUUGGAAGACAUUAUGAGCCGAGUGGGUACUUUAGGUCUAUUACAGCAGACACACUCAAGGGAAGAACAGCGAGAAGAGCGGACGAAAACAUCAUCUUUAGUACGAGAACCAAUUCUAUAUGGGAGGCAUGAUGAGAAAAAUCAGAUAAUUCGACGGUUAUUAUCAACAGAUGAGCCAUGUUUUGAGAAUUACAUUGUAAUUCCUCUCGUUGGACAAGGAGGCAUUGGGAAGACGACCCUUGCUCAAACUAUAUACAAUGAUGAGCAGGUGACGGCUCACUUUGAUAUAAAAGCAUGGGUAUGCGUCUCAGACGUGUUUGAUGUCAAACAAAUAACGACAUCAAUGAUCAGCUCAGUAAGUAGUCCAACAACACACAGUGAUUUUAGUAGUCUAAAUGACGCACAAGAUAAAUUGAAGAACCUGCUUGUAGACAAAAGAUCUUUGAUCGUUCUUGAUGAUAUCUGGAGUGAUGAAUAUGAUCCUUGGGACCAACUUCAAACUCCUUUUUUAGCAGCGAAGAAGGGAAGUAGAGUUCUAAUCACAACCAGAAUGGAGAAGGUAGCAAAGAACAUGGUUAAAAGACCAACGGAAAGCCCCACAAUUAAGUUGAAGGUUUUAUCAGACGAUCACUGUUGGCUUCUGUUUAAGCAGCAUGCACAUGUAGACGAUGACCUCGAUGAGAUGCGGAAUGAAUUGGUCGAGUUGUUCAAAGGAUUACCUUUGGCUGCAAAAGCUCUAGGUGGUCUCCUUAGGAAACAUGAUAGGAGUAGUUGGUCAAGGAUAUUGAAGAACAAUAACUGGAGUGAAAAAUGUGGUGUUUUGCCAGCCUUGAGGUUGAGUUAUCAUCAUCUCCCGCAAACCCUAAAACGUGCAUUUGCCUAUUGUUCUAUAUUCCCGAAAGAUCAUAAAUUUAAGAAGACGGAUCUUGUAUUGAUGUGGAAGGCAGAAGGCUUGCUGCCAGAGCACGACAAGGAGUGCAUGGAAGACAUUAGUCGUGACUAUUUCCUUGAUCUAGUAUCAAGAUCAUUGUUUGAACCAAGUCUAGUGAAGUUUUAUGAUGGAUGUUUCAUUAUGCAUGACCUAAUCCAUGACCUAGCUCAAUGGGCUGCUGGUGAAGUCUGUUGCACAAUGAAUAUCCAAAAACUUUCUUCCAGCACACGUUAUUGGUCUUUCUCUAAAGAAAUACUGGAAGAUCAAACCUGGACUUCAAAGAAACUUGUCCAGGUACGAUCAUUUGCUUCUUUUGGUGCAGUAGAUGUUAGAAUUCCUAUGCAACUGCUAGAUUCCCUUUUCGAUCAGUUUCAAUACUUACGCUUGUUGUCUAUGCGUAACGCGGGAAUAAUUGAGUUACCAAAUAGUUUUGGUAGUCUGAAACACUUGAGACUUGUUGACCUCUCAGAAAAUAGAGCUCUAACUAGAUUGCCAAAGUCCACUAGCAAGCUUUGCAACCUCCACAUGUUGCUGCUGAGAGAAUGUUAUUCUCUUGCGGAGAUAGUCCCUCUAAUCGAACUUCAACACCUUGAUGUUAGUAGUAGGUAUACUGCUUCACCGUCAGGGAUUGGAAAAUUAACAAACUUACAGACAUUGAAGGGAGGAUUUCAUGUGAGAAGAAAGUCUGGGACAAGGAUAAGUGAAUUGAAGAACUUGAAAUGCCUCCGUGGCUCACUGGACAUCCAUGGCCUAGAGAAUGUGUUUAGUAGUGAAGAAGCACAAGCAGCAAGGUUGCACGAAAAGACAGGCCUUGAUAAGUUGAAAAUGUAUUGGGGAGAUGGUACCCAUGAUGUUGAUGACAACAUUAAAAAAGAUGUACUUGAUCGAUUGGAGCCUCCGGAAUCCAUCCAAAUAUUAAAGUUGAAAGGGUACGACGGCUUAACAUUCCCUGCUUGGUUGGGAAAUCCCUCUUACACUAAUAUGGUUGUCAUAAAAUUAGAGGAUUGUAGGAGAUGUGAAUUCUUACCAGCAUUAGGGCAGCUACCCUCAUUGAAGAAGAUCAGAAUAGAAGGGAUGGAUGUUAUUAAGACUGUAGGCUCUGAAUUUUACGGCAAUGAUGAUGGUUGUUCAAAUCCGUUUCCUGCACUAAAAAGUCUAGAAUUCUUUUUCAUGAAUGGUUGGAAGGAGUGGUUGGCCCCAUCAGUUGACAAUAACAAUGUAUUUCCCUGCCUUGAAUAUAUGACCAUAUAUGAAUGUCAAAUAUUGCGGGGUAACUUACCUUCCCACCUCCCAUCCCUAAAAGAGUUGUACAUUGAAUCAUGCAAAGAGUUGAGAUUGUCACUUUCAAGCUGCCCUUUGCUCCAGACAUUGCAUGUAGUAUUUUGUGAUGUUAGUAUUGCUGAUUGUUUGCCCUCAACUCUUGAGACUCUGGAAAUCUCGCACUCCAAAAUAGAGCAGCCAAUUCAAGAGUGGAAACUUGAUCUCCUUACUUCUCUUAAAUCUCUUACACUAGAAAACAUAGGCAGCUAUGCAGAUACAAUAGAGUAUAUUCCCCAACCAUAUUUUCAUCUUCCCUCUUCCUUGUCUUACUUUUGUAUCAGGGAAUUCAAGAAUUUGAAAACCUUAUCAUGUUCUGACCUUCCCAACCUCACUCAAAUUACUAUCUGGUACUGUGAGAAGCUGGAAUCAUUGGGUGUCGAUUUCCCACCACCGAAGCUUCAGAAAGCGUCUAUUCGUUAUUGCCCUUUGAUUUAUCAACGAUGCCAACGGGAUCCCGAUGGACUUAUUGUUUUUGAUUAUAUGGAUGAUAAAUACAAAUAUUCGUACAUUUGAAGAUUCCAGUUUUCGUUCCCUGGAGAUUGAGUUGGAGGUGGAGUUUCCGUGUUUUUUUUUUCAGAUUUUGUUUUUAUUUUUUUUCAUUUUCUUUAGUUUAUUUGUAUGAAACCAGAAUAUAUUCAAGGAAUUGUGAUA